AUGUCAUCCUCUGUUCACUUCAAGUUCAAAUCUCAAAAAGAACCUUCAAGGGUAACUUUUGAUGGAACUGGUAUCUCUGUUUUCGAAUUGAAACGUGAAAUUAUCAAUCAGAGUAGACUGGGUGAUGGGACAGAUUUUGAAUUAUCUAUAUACAAUGAGGAUACAGGCGAAGAGUAUGAUGAUGACACUACAAUCAUUCCACGAUCUACCUCUGUCAUAGCUCGAAGGUUACCUGCCGCGCGACCUGGUAAAGGUGGUGCUGCGCGCUAUGUCUCUGGGAAAAUGCCGGUCAAUGCCCGCAACGUACCCCGGACUGAUGUUCCAAUGUCGACUAGAGUGACAUCAAGCUCGAACAAUACCGUUAGCAACAGUGUUUUGGAACUCAAUAAUGCCCAGACCGAAGAAGAGAAGAUCAAUGCGCUCUUUAAUUUGCAGGCCAACCAGUGGAAAGAGCAACAGCAGGAGAUGGCAAAUGCCACGCCUGUGCCAUUCGGUCGUGGAAGGGGCAAGCCUGUCAACGUUCCCGACCACCCUCCGCCUCCCGGGUAUCUCUGCUAUCGAUGUCGAGAAAAGGGCCAUUGGAUUCAAGCAUGCCCGACGAAUAAUGAUCCCAAAUUCGAUGGUAAAUACCGAGUAAAGCGGUCUACGGGGAUUCCCCGGUCUCUUCAGACUAAGGUAGAAAAACCGGAAUCGCUGGCAUUGGAUGGAUCGAAUGAAGAUCUCAGAAAUACAGGUGUCAUGGUCAAUGCAGAUGGUGAUUUCGUCAUUGCAAAGCCAGACAAAGCAGCUUGGGAAUUGUACCAGGAAAAAGUCAAAGCAUCCUCGGCAGCGGCAGCUGAAGCAGCGGCAGCAGAAUACAGCAAAGAAUUGCAAUCCUGGGGUUUGGAGUGCCCAAUUGAUAAGCGAAUGUUUCUAGAGCCCACUAAGACACCAUGCUGCCAGCGAACUUAUUGCAAUGAUUGUAUUACCAAUGCAUUGAUUGAAACUGAUUUUGUUUGCCCCGGCUGUGCAACGGAGGGCGUUUUACUCGACAACCUUUCUGUGGACGACGACGCUAUCUCGAAAAUUAAAGCCUUUGAAAUUGAAAAAGCAGAUUCGAGAAGAGAAAAAGAAAAAGCAUUGACGACGCCUGAUAGUCAAAUCGAUUGUAAAGGGUCUGAUUCAGAGAAACAUGCCGCGACACAUGCAGAACCUCUUUCGCCGUCGUCAGUCAACAGUGCAGCGAAUACAACUUCAAAGAAGCGACCAGCUGAAGAUCAUCCUCCAAACACUGACCUCGGCCAUUCACACAUGGAUGUCUCAAAGAAACAGAAGGCGGAACCUAUCACUGAAUUGCCAACUGAGCCCGCGGAUUCACAGGCCAAGAGCACCUCUAAUGAAACCACAUUCCCACUCAAUCAACAAAUGCCUCCUGGUUUUGCAUUUAUGCAGUCACAGAACAUGUCAGGUAUGCCCUUUGCCCACGCCGGGUAUAUUAACGGAGGAAUGGGGUUCAUGAACCCCAUGGGCCUUCCAACAAAUGGGUUUCCGAAUGCCAUGAAUCAAGCAUGGAAUCCCAUGAGCACAAUGGGGUUUGAUCCACUUCAAACCGGGAUGUAUGGCAAUCAGCCAAAUGGGGCGGCGGAUGCCUAUGGUCAAGCGAAUAUGUAUAGCAACAUGGGCAAUCCAUCCAUGCAGGUACUACCCAUGAACCAGAUGGCAGGCUCAAUGCCACAGAAUGCUGGCUUUCAAUCCCAGGGACCAGGCAUGGGUCACUUCUCGAACCAGCAACGGACCUCAUUCAGCUCACCAUUCGCCAGAGAAGAAGAUUCGCCGUACUUUCGCCAACCCGUCAAUCCCCAGCGGCACCAGGGAAGACACCGAAGAAUAAGACCGAGUGAUUACCGUGAGUUAUGA